AUGCAUGAUGAUCAAGAUGACCAGCUUAGGAAGAGCUUGAUUGAGACUCCGGCUAUGAACUCGGCUACCUCCACGCCGGGUCCCGAGCGUUAUUCAGUAGACAAUGGCUCUUCCAACAAGCAAGGCGCCGGGAACGACGACAAGCCCAAACCACCGAGACCAUCUGUCCCCCUGAAACAUUCUGUAUACAUUGUGUUCUUGACUCUGCUGUACGGAGCCGCAGCAUUAUAUGCUUGGGUCAUAAUCUGCAUCCUCACUUAUCACCCCAUCGGUGCAAAUGGCUAUGGACACGGCGAGCUCAACCGCAUUCUCAGUGGCCCUCAUCUUGGCGCCACCACUGUGCCCGAGUACCUUGACGCAUUAUUUGCUAAGAGCGAGCGGUAUCUGAGGGCGGCGAGAAUUGUCCAGUCCUUGGUGUCUGUGCUCACCAUCCCCUUGACUUCCGCCGUGUGCUCGCAGGCAGCCGUGGUGUAUAUCCAGCAGAAGCGAGGGGACAAGCGCCCGACCCUCAGGCAAAGCAUGGCCCUGGCGGACAAGGGGUGGACCGACCUUGUGCUCUUGAAAAAUCUCGUCUUUGGGGGUUGGAAUAAGUACGGGUCCUCGCUACUACUCUUUGCCCUGUUUCUGCAUCUCCUAGGCGCUGCCAUAUCUCCGGUACAGCAGAUCUUUCUCUCGUUCAAGACGAUCAAGCGUCUCGGGUACCCUGUCAGCCUCACCCAAAUCACAGACUUCACUGAUCUUUUCCCGGACCGCGGACCUGACAUUGGGCUGGAUGCAACCAAGCUCAGAGCCACUCUGGCAUCGACGGUCAAUACUGUGGUUCAGCCGAGACUCUGGUCCUCAAGCAAUGGCACAGUCUCCCUUGAUGAUCAGAGCUACCAGACUUAUUUGGCAUUGCAGACAAAAUCCCAAAACACCCUCGCCAAUAUAUCCACUAUAACUGAUCCAUUCUGGGCCGAGCUCCCCACCAGUACCAACACUGGUUUACUACGACAGUUCGCCCCUCGCGUCAACUCGACGGCCAUAUGGGAGAACAAUUCAGCUGCCAUACUUCCCGAAGACUGCAACUCAUUGUCUGACGCCUUCUAUCUCCGCUACGAAUAUGGACAGGACGAUGAGGCUCCAUUUCAAUACAGCGUUGAAAUAUAUUUAAGCGAAGAGUUGUAUUUCAAGAUGAACUUUUCGGGAGGCGGGGGGAUGCUUGAUUACGUGCCCAGAGCAGGAACAUAUUGGAGGAAGCUGACACUCCACACCACGACGGGCUACUUCGAGCUUCCCAACUACGCAAAUGGCCAAAUCCCUGGGCCGUUCAUCGAAGAAAGUCCGUUUGACAAGAGCCCGCGAAAUUUGACCCCUCGGGAUCUAGACAACAAUACAGCCUGGACUACGCUCAACGCUACCUUGAAUGUGAUCAAUGCCGGUAAUAAAGGUCCACUUCUUUACAUCGCCAUGGCACUGUUUGGCGAAGGGUCUUUCGCCGAUGUGCAACACACAGCCUUAGCGGCAUAUGCCAACUCUGGCAUCAAAUACGAUGGUUGUAUUGGCAUCAUCCCCUUUAUUCCACUUCUUGACGACCCCCACUCCUCCUUUAAGGUGUCCCCCGGUAACCCCUGUCUAACGGGCAGUGCUACUGGUGAUCGUGAAUAUAACAACGAUGUGAUGCAUGCAAUUGUUGCAAAGUACUUUUUCCUUUUCUCUGGGGAUCCUACCUAUGGGCCAACUUCGGAACGAGUACAGAACGCCUUUGCCUCGGCGGCGUUUCUAGCCAAUGACAUGUUCAUGACGAAUAACUACCAUGAGCAGAGUAUCAGCAUAUCAUAUGAUAUGGGUGCCGAUGUACAAAUCCCGCACAUCUCCCGUGUAGGAAUUAUCUUCGUCACAGUAUUAUUAGGUCUUGACUUGGCAUGUCUUCUGGCAUUGUCCCUCUAUAGCGCGUGGAUUCCUCGAUGGACUGGGACCCUCGACUCCUUUGCGAUGCUGCGGAUCGGGGCCUGUAUAUCAGAAAAGGUUCCUCUGCUGGCCGCGCGACAUGUUCAGCGCAUCGAGAUUCUUGAUGAGACUCCCGGAUGGAUGGGGAAUGCAUCUGAUGGCAAGAUAGGGGAAUUAUGCUUAGGUGGGAAAGGGCCACUUGAGAAGACGCGACGUUACCGCAGUUAUGACACCGAUCAUGCAUCUUAA